CAGGUUUUGGGAUCUUACUGGCUAAACAUCUUAAAAUAUGCUGUUGAAAAGACAUUUCAGCCUUCUCCUGCUGUUGGUAAAACAAAUGUCCCUCCCAAACAUUGUUAUGCUUGUCCAAGCCAAACUGUUAAAAUAAUUGACUUGCAAUCAUUUUUUAGUUUCUCAUGGUGAAGGCGAGACAUCGAUUUAACGCCUCACUUAAACGACACUGUUGAUUUGUUUUUAUCCAAGAGCUGCUGGGUUAUCCCCUGCUCAACUGCCAAUCUGGAUGUAGUCUUCAGUUCGCUGUGGUGAUGUCUCCGCAGUGGUCCACCAUUGGAUUAGUUUUGGCUUAAAAUAUUAAAUAUAUAUAUUAGGGGUGUCGCGAUAUACCGGUAUUGACGAUAACCGUGAUAUUCAAAUCAUGAAAUAUCGACAUCGUGUUAGUUUAGGGUGUGACGAUAUACCGGUUUUGGCGAUAACCAUGAUAUUUAAAAUGAACAGGACUCUUAUGAUAACACGACACGUAAAUUAUCCAGUGCUAGUGCCUGGUUGAUCUCCCAGGUGGCAGUAUUGCGCCUUAACGCUGACACCUGCUGUCAAACAAGAUGAAGACGCAGCGUGCACGCAAGAAUCAUGUCGUCCGAGCGGGAGAGUGAGAGGCUUUGUCCGCAUCCGAAAAAAGUAAGCUCGCCAGUAUGGGAGCUUUUCGGCUUCAGAGAAAACAGCUCCUUCUUAGACAACCCAGUUUGCAGAAUCUGUCGGGCUACGGUCAGUGCGAAGGGGGGCAACACCACCAACCUUUUUACCCACCUCCGUGUCCAUCACCCCGCAGAUUAUGCCCUUUUACAGAGAGUAAGUUGCGAUUAUUUUAUUAAUCAUGGAAUGGGAAAUGUUACAUUAACCUGUUAACAGCAGUUUUCUGUUUUUUAUAUUUAAAUAAAGGGUGAUUCUUUUAAAUUUGACACAGUGCCAUGCACGUAAUGCCUCAUCUAUGCUGGCGCCAGCGCAACCAUAGUUUAAAAAGCUUAAAAUAGGGGUACGUAAGUUAACAGGUUAAAGUAUCAGUUUUGAUGUUAAUAUUUAUUCAUCAUACUGUUUAUCUUGACCGUAUUUUCUCUCUUGUAAUUUCAUAGGGAGCUUCAAAGAAGACUGAGAAACCCAGAGUCUCGGGUCAGCUGACACUUUUGAGUCUGUGGAAAGGAAGAGGAAAGCAGACAUGGCUAGUGCAUCUGAGGACACAGCCAUCACUGAGUCACUAGCCUACUUCAUAGCAAAGGACAUGAUGCCCUUUAGAAUAGUAGAGAGGCCAGAAUUUAAUGCACUGAUGAAAACAGUUGCUCCAAAAUACAAAAUCCCAAGAAGACAACACUUUUCUGAAAAAGAAAUCCCAAACAUGUACUUAAAAUUAAAAUCUGACAUUACCAACACUAUGGCUGAAGCCAAACACUUUGCAUUUACAACUGAUCUCUGGACCAGUAAUACUGGACACCCCUAUAUGAGCUUAACAGUUCAUUUCAUCACACCAGCAUGGGAAAUGAAAGCUGCAUGUCUAGAGACUGCAUUUUUACCUGAUGACCACACCAGUGAGAACAUUAAAGAGACAUUCGAAAACCUAAUUAAAGAGUGGGGAAUUCAGCAGUCAGCAGUGGAGUGUGUCAUUACUGACAAUGGCACAAAUAUGAAGGCUGCAUUUAAAUCCCUCCUCCCAUCGAACUGGCUCAGGUGCUUUGGACAUAAUUUAAAUCUUGCUCUUGGAAAGGCCCUGAAGAUUGACCAAGUGGAUGCUUCUGUGAGGGCUUGCAGGAGUGUCUUACAAGGAUUUAACCACUCAUGGAAGAGAAGGAGAGAGCUGGCAAAAAAGCAAGCAGAACUUAAUCUUCCUCAACAUACCCUGAUCCACGACAUUGUGACUAGAUGGGAGUCUACGUACGACAUGAUUUCUAGAUUUGUUGAACAACAUGCUGCCGUGACAGCAACUCUCAUGGCUGACAGAAAUACCAGGCAUCUUGUGCUAAGGGGGUCAUACAUCUCUACACUUGAGGACACAUGUAAGGUGCUGAAGCCACUCAGAACCUUUACUGAUUCCCUGGCUGCAGAGACCUGUAUCACAAUCUCAUCCUUGAGGCCUGUCCUUCAGCAUCUGACUGAAUCCAUCCUGGCAGAAAAGGAUGAUGACAGCAGCCUUGUGAGGAGCAUGAAACAUGCAAUCUGCAAGAACUUACAAGAGCGGUAUGAGGAUUCAAAUAUGGCUAAUGUGAUUAACAUGGCCUGCGUACUUGACCCCCACUUCAAGUUGAACUUCAUGGAAGAGGCAGAUUCAAUCAAAAGACAGCUAGAGCAGCAUCUCAUGCAGGAGUCUUCUGACAAUGUAGGUAGCACUUCUACUCUCUCACAGGAGUCUUUUGCCAGAGGAGAAUGUGAAGAUGAGGGGACCAGUGUCUCUAUCCCUGAGGCCCCAAAAGGCUUGGCUGGUAUUCUCAAAAUGAUAACAAUGAAAAAACAGGAGAACAGACAAUCAGCAGACAUGGUAAAAUCUACAACAGCAUUUCAAGAAGUUUCUGCAUACACAGCCUUGCCCAUUAUUUCUGUGGAUAAAGACCCACUGCAGUGGUGGAAAGACAAUGAGGAAGAGUUUCCAAGGUUGGCAAAACUGGCACAGAAGAUCCUUUGCAUUCCUGCCACCAGUGUUGCAUCAGAAAGACUUUUCAGUUCUUCAGGAAACAUUCAGACAGUGUUUUGCUCCAGUUUGAAACCAGAGAAACAUAACAUGCUUGUCUUCCUUCACAAAAAUUUGCCAUAGAUUGAGAAUGUAAGAAGUGAAAAUGCAUGUGCCCUGUUUAUCUGUCUCCUUAUGUUCGUUGCAUGGGUAAAAAAGAAAAA